AGUACUAAUAUAUAUUUACAUCCAUGAAGUACAUGCUAGAACGUCACUUUUGAAUUGUUCGCUUUAUAAAAAGUAUUGUCUUACUGAUAUACAGCAGACGCGCCUUUUCGCUUCUUGGACGUAAAUCGACAGUGCAACAACCUGUAGAGUACAGUGAGCUAAACACCAGGCCUGUGCUGGUGGGAGUGGGUUUUUAAUGGAUAGGUUUAAGCUGUCCCGCAUAGAUGAGGAGCUGACGUCCUCUGAGGUCGCAGCUCUCUGCUUCUUGUGUCGUGAUGUCAUCAAUAGAAAACGCCUGGAGGGGAUUGUGGAUGCAAAAGACCUGUUCUUGAGACUAGAAGAAAAAGGACUGUUAGAGAACGAUUUCUUCCUGAGUCGGCUGCUCCGAACCCUCCGUCGAGCAGAUCUUCUCCACCUGCUGGAGACAGACAGCAGGCGACCAGAAGAAACCGACGCUUGUCCCAUGCUGUCAGAUUACAGGGUGAUGCUGUACGAAGUAUAUGAGAACAUGACAGAAGAAAAUCUUGACAAGAUGAAGUUUCUGUUGUACGACAAACUGGGCAAAGCAAAAAUUCAGGCAUGCAAAACAGCACUAGAUGUAUUUGCUGAAAUGGAAAAGACUGGUUUACUGUCAAAUAAAAAUCUGCAUGAGCUGCAUACAAUUCUGCAGGAGUUCGAUCAACAACUGGCAUUGACUAUAAAGCGCUACAUGGAAACAACCCCGCUGCCUCGAAUCCCUUCUGUCAGCAUGGAUCACCGGAUGGUCAUCCCCAGCCAGCCAUCACAACCCAGCUAUGGAGGAGAGUCCGACAUAGCCGUUGUCUCCGAUGCAGAACCAAACAUCUCCCCUCUUUCUGAUCACACAGAAUACUACGCCCUGAUUCAUAACCCUCGCGGUUUGUGUGUGGUCAUCAAUAAUGAGUACUUCCCGGAAACAGAAUUGAAAAGUCGAGAAGGGACUCAGGAGGAUGCAAAGGCUCUGCACACAGUGUUCACCCGCCUUGGCUUUACUGUGGUGGUACACGACAACCUGACUGCCCAAGGCAUGCUUUGUGUACUGAAAGAGCUGGGUUCAAGGAAUUAUUUGGAUGACGAUGCCUUGGUGGUUUGUGUGCUGUCCCAUGGAGAAAAGGGAUGUGUCUUUGGGACUGAUGAGAAGCCAGUGCUCUUGCAAGAACUGUCCCACCCCUUCAACAGCGGGAGAGCUCCCACCUUGGCAGGGAAGCCCAAACUGUUCUUCAUCCAAGCAUGUCAGGGAAGUGGUUACCAGAGAGGAUCCCUGCCCUGUCCUCCAAAGCCAAGACAGGAGGAGGGGGACCCACAGAGCCGCCUGGAGGAAGACGCAGGUCGCGUGGAAGGUGAGACGGUGCCAUGGGAUGCCGACUUUCUGCUGGGCAUGUCCACCGUGCCAGAGUGCAAGUCGUUUCGAAGCACUGCCACAGGCUCCAUCUACAUCCAGGAGCUGUGCAGGCAGCUGACGAGGUCAGCAGAAAGCUCUGAUGAUAUUCUCACUGUGCUGACACGUGUGAACAGGGAGGUCAGCAAAGGAGAAUACAGAAACUACAAACAAAUGCCAGAGCCCAAGUACACCCUCACCAAGAAGCUUGUCCUCAAAUUUGUAUGAGCUGACUGGGACCAAGUGCAACGCUGAAAAUGUGCCAUAGUCACAUAGACCCGACUGGUUUACUGUGUGUAUGACUGUUGUUGUGUGUGUGUUUUUUAAUCUGACUUCAUGGUACAGCUUAAUCGAUGAAAUUGAAUGUAGGCGUCUCUGUCUGGAGAGUCUGAUGUUCUUAAUCUUGCAAAAGCAUCAUGUUAUAUAAAAUAUUACGGAAGCCACUCCCAUGGGAUUUA